AUGGCGGAGAGAUGCGCAUCGUUUAGCGGUAGAGAGCGACGAGUGGAAUCGGAAGGGCGAGGAGAGCGGUCAGCAGGAACGCCUGAUGCGGGAGCGAGUUGGGCGAUGGCGGAGAGAUGCGCAUCCUCUAGCGGUAGAGAGCGACGAGUGGAAUCGGAAGGGCGGGGAGAGCGGUCGGCGGGAACGCCUGAUGCGGGAGCGAGUUGGGCGAUGGCGGAGAGAUGCGCAUCCUCUAGCGGUAGAGAGCGACGAGUGGAAUCGGAAGGGCGAGGAGAGCGGUCGGCGGGAACGCCAGAUGCGAGAGCGAGUUGGGCGGCGACGGAGAGAUGCGCAUCGUUUAGCGGUAGAGAGCGACGAGUGGAAUCGGAAGGAAGGAGAGAGCGGUGUACGGAGUUGGAUGGGGCGGGAGAAGGAAGCGCGGAGAUGGAAGGGUGCAGCAAGUCGCAGGAGGAGCAGCUAGGAGCGUGUUGGCGAGAAUUACAGGAGUUGCGGGACCACGAAAAAGAACUCAACAACAAGAUCGCGGAACUGCACUGCGCGUUGCGCGCGGAGGAAGAGGUGGCUCGCGCGACGGAGCGCGAGGCGGAGGCGGAGUGUUGGCGGAGGAUGGCGGCGGAGAGGCGAGUGGCGGCUCUGGAGCGCGAGGUGGAGGGGCUCGAGGCGGAGGUGGCGGACCUUCUGGCGCAGACCAGCGAAGCGGAGAGCGCGGCGGAGCGGAGCGAGGCGGCAUUGCAAGCGGCGCAGGACGCGUGCGGUCUGGGCGAGGAGGAAUUGCGGCGCGCGCGGGAGGAGGUGGCGGAGCUGGAGGAGCAGAUCCGGCAGCUGUGCGGGUCGGCGGCGCAGCGCGAGCAGCAGUUCCGGCUGCUGAUCAGCGAGAUGGAGGAGGAGGUGAGCGCGACGCACGCCAUGGCCAUGGUGGCCAUCGAGCGCGAGGAGCGCGCCGACCACUCCCUGCGCGCGCUCAGACUCGCGCACGCGCAGCUCAUGGCGGAGCUGCGGGGGAACGACAAGGCGCAGGCGCAGGCGCACAGCAAGGCGGGGUUGGCGGGGCAGAUGGGGGCGGUGGAACUGGGCAAGGCGGAAACGGGCGAGGGGGAGAGGAACGAGGGCGCAGCAGACGUGGUGAGCAAGUGGCGGGGCUGGUCCCGCCCGCCUGCACCCGCACAUGAGGGGGGUGACGAGGAAGGCGCAGGACGGGAGAGGCGGAGCAGCGGGAAUGGGUGCGAGACGGAGAGCGUGGAUGGCAGCAUCAGCCUGAGUGUGAGUGUGAGCAGCAGCGCGGACAGCAUGGGCGGGCUGUACAGUGGGUUCCGGGAGAAGAUGAUUCACGCUGCCGCGUCGGGGAACGGCGCGGGGGUGGGGGGGCGCAGCAGCAGCAGCAACACGAGCAGCAGCAGCAGCCACGACGCGAGAUGUAGCAGGCGGAGUGCGGCGGGGCCUAGGCACGCGGACGCUGAGGGUGGUGCGUGUGAGCGCGCGGAGGGUGGGCGGGGGUGCGGGAGAGGCGCGGCGGGAGGGUGUACUCCGUGCGAGGGGAGGGCGGGUGAUUGGGGGCGUGCGGAGAGGCGGGCGGACGGGGAAGGGGAAGGGGAAGGGGCGGUGAGGUGCGGUGGGGUGUGGGCGGAGGCAGAGACAGACGAGGAGACGGAGACAGCAUCGGAGUUCUCGUUCCACUUGAAGCACAGCACUGGCACUGGGUCCGACGCCGGGGAGGUGGCCGUGCUGCCUGCUGCACAGGGCGCGUGGGGACGGGAGGCACGUGGGGAGGCACGAGAGACCUGUGAUGCCCGGCGGUGGGGAGGAGGGGCGGAGAUGGGUGGAGGGAGGCGGGAUGGAGAGUGCGGUGGGCAAGGGAGUGACAGCAGAGAGUGCGAGGAGGAAUGCUGGCAAGGGGUGAACGCUCAUCUUGAUGGCGAUGCUGAUGGGUAUGGCUGUGGUGGUGGUGGUGGGGGCGGUGGGAGAGAUGUGGAAGGCGGUCAAGCUGGUUACGGUCAGGGCAUCAGGGGCGGCACGGGGCAAGCAAGGCACAGAGAGGGGUGCGCGAAGCACAUGGCGCACGCAGUGGAGGGAGGUGGCAGGCACGCAGGGGCGGGGGCGAAGUGGCUGGCGGGGGAGGUGGGGGCGUUGGUGCGGGACGCGGAGAGGGUGUGUGAGCGCGCGGAGGAGGGCAACUGGUUGGAGCAGGGCGCGCUGCAGCUGUGCGUGGCGCUGAAGCUGCUGCUGCUCAAGGUCCGCGGGGGGAGAGGGGGGAGGGGGACGCGGAGGGGCGUGCGGGGGAAGUCGAAGCAGCGGGAUGGGGAGGGGGAAGGGGAGGAGGAGGAGGGAAGCAGACUGAGUGGGGUGCUGGCGGAAGGGAUUGUUGCUGGGGAGGAGGAUGAGUGGUCGGAGGGCGGCGAGGAGGUGGAGGAGGAGGUGGAGCGAGGCACUCGCCACAGCGGGCAGGAGGGCAGGUGGUGCGAGGGGAGGCGUGGCGCUGAUCCCAUGCGCGAGGGCGUGUGGGUGGGUGAGGAGAGCGCGAUGGAUGGUAGUGCAGUGGAGGGUGAGCAAGAUCAAAAGAGAGGAUGGGAGGAAGAGAUGAGAAGAGAGGAGGAGGAGAGAAGAGAGCAGAGACGAGAGGAGGAAGAGAGGAUAAAGCAGGAGAAGUGGAAAGAGGAGGAAGAGAGGAGAGAGGAGGAAAAGAGGAGGAAAGAGCAAGAGAGGAGAAUGGAGGAAGAGAGGAGAAAAGAGGAAGAGAGAAGAGAGGAGGAAGAGAGAAGAGAGGUGGAAAAGAGAAUAGAGGAGGAAAAGAGAAUAGAGGAGAAAGAGAGGAGAAUGGAGGAAGUGAGGAGAGAGGAGGAAAAGCGGAGAGAGGAUGCUGAAAAAGAACGGAAAGAGAGGAGGAAAGGUGAUGAGCAGGCAAGAGGUGGAGAGUUCGAGCACGAGGAGGACGAGAGAAGUGCAGGGAGGGAGAGCGAGGAGGUGGAGGAAGGGGAGGUGUUGAGCGACAGUGGAUCAGAGGAGGGGUGGUAUGAUGCAGCUGGUGCUGACGACGAUGAGGGUGCAGCUAUUGCGGCGGGCACGUGUAAUGAGCAGGUGGGGAAUGGGGUUGCGGAGAAGGCGGCGCUGGGGAGCGAAAGUUGGGGGGAGGAGAGCGGGGGACGUGCAGCUGAUGAGUUGUUGGGGACGAGAGACGGAGGGGAGGUCCGGGGGAUUGAGGAGGAGAUUAUGGAGAGUGCGGAUGCAGGUGCUGAGAAUGGCGAUGAGGAGGAGGAGAGCGAGGAUGAGGAUGGAGACGAGGAGAUGGAUGAGGAGGAGGAGGAGGAGCGAUACGGAGGGGCAGAGAGCAGCAAAGGCCCAUCACGUGGGGAGGGCUGGUCUGUAGGGGUGCUCCACGCCCGCUCUGCCAGUACCAGUGCGAGUGUGGGUGUCAGUGCCAGUACAGGCGAGCAGAGAGGGGACAGAGACGAGCAGAGCAGCAGCAGGGCGCACAGGAGGGCCAAGUCAGCAGCAGGAGGCGGUGGGGGGGGCAGCGGGAAGGGGAAGCAGGUGGUGGAAGUGGGGCGAGCGUGUGAGCAGGAGGGGCGUGUGCAGCCGGGCAUGUGGCGCGGGCCGUCGGAGCAGACGAGGCAGGGCGGGCAGUGGUGUGCGACAGGCAGCGAGCGGUCCGAGAGUGACUCACUCCACCAGCUGUUCGCCGCAGGGGAGGGGAGCGCACAGGGGGAGGGUGAAGGGGGAAGUGGAGGCGAGAUGGCGCCGCAGCAUGGGGAGGCGAGGCGGCGGGCGAUUGAGGAGAUGUCGGCUGUGGUGAGCCUCGUGCCUGCCGGCAGCAGCAGCUGCAGCAGUGGCGGCGGUGGUGGGUAUGGCAGGGCGGUGGGUGGUGGUGGUGGCAAGGAUGGCGGCGAGGGGCCCAGUGCACUGCUCAACUCACGCGCCAGUCUCACCCGCCUGGCGCUGGCUCUUGGCCCUUCCAGCAACGUGUCCACACCUAGGGGACACACCCAGUCAUUCACAGACACCCGCACACUCACCCGCACUCUCACCAACACGCCCUCUCACACCCCCACACGCACGCACACGCGGGAAGCGUCAUACCUGGCCGUGCCAGCCUCGGGCACGGGUGCCGGGGGGGGUAGUGCGUUCGGUGGCAGCGGCAGUGGCAGCGAGCCCAGCCGGCUGAGGAAGUGGAUGAGCUCGCCCCUGCUCUGGGCCGCUGCUGCUGCUGUGGGCGCAACUGGGGCCGGUGCAGGUGUGACCACGGGUAAGGUGGGAGGGGGAGGGACGGGAUGCUCUGAGGAGUUGCAGCGGCAGGUGCAGGCAGCACGGGCAGCGCUGCAGCAGGUGACAGGCGCGGUGUACUGGGAGAUGGUGGCGGUACUGGAGCAGGGCGAGGGCAGGGAGAGAGGGGGGGAGAAGGGGUGGCAGGGCAUGGAGGCACGUGUGGUGGAGGCGGCAGUGGAGAAGUCUCACGUGCAGGUGCAGGAGGCAGAGCGGCUCCUUGCCCGCGCCGAGAAAACACUCGAGCGGUUUGCGGCUGUGGAGAAGCGCGGGCGCAAGCUGUGUCGGCACAUGGAGAAUAAGCAGCAGGUGCUUUUGGAGUUGCAGAAGAUCCUGCUGCAGGCUCAGGGGCAGGGCAUGCAUCGCAAGAUCUUUCCUGGCAAGUCUGAUAAAGUGCACACAAGCUGCAAGUUGCUAUGGGGGACACAAGUCCACCCAAUUCCUUAG